AUGUGGCUGGCUCCAUUGGCUGGAGCUCAGGCUAACACCACCAGAGCAAAUAAAGAACGACCAACAAAUUUUAUUGCCCAGCAUUUAAUACAAUUUUUGUGGUCGACUUUUUUGGCGAACUUAGACGGCGAAGCAAAUGAGAAACUUUUAGUGGUUGGAUUUGCUCUGGCUGCUUUGGCAUCUGCCCAAUAUGCACCAAGCACAGAAUAUUUACCUCCAGCAUUACCAGAGGCUAGCCAGUCAUUGGACAUUGAGACUCCCUCAAGUGAAUAUUUAGCUCCUGCCGCUGUUGUCGGAGAGCAAACUGUUCUGGCCGAUGAUGGUUAUCGCUACAAGACCGUACGUCGCCUUCGUCAUCGUCAAAGACGCGAUGUUAGCGAGUUGUCCCAAUAUUUGCCACCUGCACAAGAAGCAACUAUUGAAGUUGCUGCUCCUUCCAAUGAAUAUGCUCCUGCCGCUGUUGCCGAAGAACAAACUGUUCUAGCCGAUGAUGGUUACCGCUACAAGACCGUACGUCGCCUUCGUCACCGUCAAAGACGCGAUGUUAGCGAGUUGUCCCAAUAUUUGCCACCUGCGCAAGAAGCAACAAUUGAAGUUUCUACUCCUUCCAAUGAAUAUUUAGCUCCUGCCGCUGUUGCCGAAGAACAAACUGUUCUGGCCGAUGAUGGUUACCGCUACAAGACCGUACGUCGCCUUCGUCACCGUCAAAGACGCGAUGUUAGCGAGUUGUCCCAAUAUUUGCCACCUGCACAAGAAGCAACUAUUGAAGUUUCUGCUCCUUCGAAUGAAUAUUUAGCUCCUGCCGCUGUUACCGAAGAACAAACUGUUCUGGCCGAUGAUGGUUAUCGCUACAAGACCGUACGUCGCCUUCGUCACCGUCAAAGACGCGAUGUUAGCGAGUUGUCUCAAUAUUUGCCACCUGCACAAGAAGCAACUAUUGAAGUUGCUACUCCUUCGAAUGAAUAUUUAGCUCCUGCCGCUGUUGCCGAAGAACAAACUGUUCUGGCCGAUGAUGGUUAUCGCUACAAGGCCGUUAAGAAACUCAAAAUUACAUGGUGGCAUUUCAAAAGCGAAAUGAAGCUGACUUUCGUUUUCCUAGCUGUUAUUUUGGGGACGGCUUGUGCCGCUUUGGUCUCGACCAAUGAAUACUUGCCUCCUCUGGAGGAUUCGUCACCUACUAGCAAUGUUGAUUUGCAAUCAAUAAGCGAGUCAAGUCCUUUGGCAGAUGACGGCUAUCGUUACAAGACAGUGAAACGUUUGCGGUUGCGCCAAAGGCGUGAUGUCAAUGAACUACCCGCCAACGAAUACUUGCCCCCUGCACAGGAAACUCAAGUCGUCGAAGAAGUUCCUGCCCCAGCCGAAGAAUCGGCCGUAUUAGCCGAUGAUGGUUACCGUUACAAAACUGUGAAGCGUAUCCGUUAUCGUCACCGUCGUGAUGUAAGCGAAUUGCCAGCCAACGAAUACUUGCCCCCUGCACAAGAAACUCAAGUCGUCGAAGAAGUCCCUGCCCCAGCCGAAGAAUCGACCGUAUUAGCCGAUGAUGGCUAUCGUUACAAGACUGUGAAGCGUAUCCGUUAUCGUCAUCGUCGUGAUGUAAACGAAUUGCCCGCCAACGAAUACUUGCCCCCUGCACAAGAAGCUCAAGUCGUCGAAGAAGUUCCUGCCCCAGCCGAAGAAUCGGCCGUAUUAGCCGAUGAUGGCUAUCGUUACAAGACUGUGAAGCGUAUCCGUUAUCGUCAUCGUCGUGAUGUAAACGAAUUGCCCGCCAACGAAUACUUGCCCCCUGCACAAGAAACUCAAGUCGUCGAAGAAGUUCCUGCCCCAGCCGAAGAAUCGGCCGUGCUAGCCGAUGAUGGUUAUCGUUACAAAACUGUGAAGCGUAUCCGUUAUCGUCAUCGUCGUGAUGUAAACGAAUUGCCCGCCAACGAAUACUUACCACCUCAACAACCAGCCCCAUUUGUAGCCGAUAUCCCAGUGGCUUCAACUGCCGAUUUCGAGAGCGAAAAGACCCAAGACACUGCCGUAUUAGCCGACGACGGUUACCGUUACAAGACUGUGAAGCGUAUUCGUUAUCGUCAGCGACGUGAUGUCAACGAAUUGCCCUCCAACGAAUACUUGCCGCCUGUCCAGGAAAAUCAGUUGGCUGAGGAAGUCGCUCCUCUCGAAAACUCCUCCAUAUUAGCCAAUGAUGGCUACCGCUACAAGACUGCUAAACGCGUUGUUUACAGACGUCGUUUCUAAAUACCGAACUCUCUUUUAUAACAUAGACCUAACCAAAUGUACAUUUUCGA